UGGCGGCAGCAGGCGACUUCUUUCCCUUUGUCAGCAUGGAGGAGGUGAGAGUGUCUGAUGUGGAGGUGUGUAACCUGGCGUACGGGGGGCAGCUGGACGAGCUGAGGAGCAGGGUCCUAGCAGACAAGUCUCUGGCCAGCAGAACAGACCAGGAUGACAGGACACCCCUGCACUGGGCAUGUUCUGCAGGGCAGACAGAGGUGGCUGACUAUUUACUUAAACUAGGCGUACAUGUUGAUGACAAAGAUGAUGCAGGGUGGACGCCUCUUCACAUUGCCGCUUCUGCAGGACGCACCGAUAUAGUCGUAGCCCUGAUUGGGAAAGGGGCGCAAGUGAAUGCAACCAAUCAGAAUGGCUGCACACCCCUGCACUAUGCCGCCUCCAAGAACAAGCACGAGAUUGCAGUUUUGCUCCUUGAAAAUGGUGCUUCUCCCGAUGCAAAGGACAAACUGGAGUCCACACCUCUGCAUCGUGCUGCGUCCAAAGGCAACCUGAAAAUCGUAGAGAUCCUCCUAAAACACAAAGCCUCAACAAACAUACAAGACAGCGAAGGGAAUACUCCCCUUCAUCUUGCCUGUGAUGAGGAGCGAACGGAGGAAGCCAAGUUCUUGGUAGAACAUGGAGCAAGUAUUUAUAUAGAGAACAAAGAUGAGAAGACGCCCCUACAAGUAGCUAGAGGAGGACUUGGGGCACUGCUAAGAAGGAUAGUAGAGGGCUAGUUACUUUUGCACAAAUGUUAAACUGCCACAUCUGUAACUUAUAUAUUUUCCAUCACAUGGUCUGUUCUUUGUGUUAUAUGGUAAAACUAGUUUGGAUACUU